UAUUGUUGCAGAUGCGUGUCGCGGGCGAGUUACUGUUGUUGUUUAUGGUGUUGGGCGCGUCUAGUGCGAUGAAGCCCGUUUCGUUGUCGGUGAAGGUUCAGCCGCGUUCCAGGGAUUGCUUUUACGUUCCCAUCGUCGCUGGGAAGACGCUGUUCGUGUCCUACGAGGUUCUGGAUGGCGGGAUGGGUGAAUUGGACAUUGACUUCUUGGCGCGGCGGUCGAGCGACUCGGCGCCAGUGGUGUACGACCAGCGGGCCAUGACCAACGAGCACGAGAUCGAGGCGGUCGAGACGGGUGAGGUGGAGUUGUGCUUUGACAACUCUGUGUCGCACGUGAACGCCAAGACGGUGUGGUUCGACGCCAGUCUCCGCGGCGCCGAUGGCAAGUCCGAAUCGGACGACCUGGAGUUUUCUCAACUCGUCGAGGACGUCUCCUUGUUUUCGGGCACCGUCGAGGACAUCAAAGAGGCUAUUUCGGUGAUCCGUGCAAACCUGGCCAGAGCGCGGUCCCACCAGGAGACGAUUCGCACGCACGAAGCCAGGGACAGGAACAUUGCGGAGAACAACUACAACAGAGUGAACUCGUGGUCCGUGUUCCAGCUGCUUUUGAUGCUGCUUGUUGGAACUGUGCAGGUUUCUUUGUGGUUGCGUGCGUGUGUUUUCCGGUGCUUGAACGCCAUGGGCCUCGGUUUGAGUAAAAAGAUGGACGAGAACCUGCGGAAGCAGCAGGAUUUCACCAUUGAGAUGCAGAGGACGCAGCUGGAGCGACAGGCUCAAAUGCAGAAUUUGAUUCGAGAGCGAAACGUUGCGUUGCAAAUUGCUAAAUCUCGUGAGCUUUUCUUUUGGUGGUCAGCGUUCUACGCCAUAACCUCUGCUGGUCUCCUAAUCCAGUAUCGAAAACAGAGACGUCCCGUGCUUGUUGCGCCACUGCUUCCGCUCACGUUUAUUUUCGCUUAUCAAGCUGAUCUUGCUUACGGGAAUAAGCUGCUGAGAAUCCGAGCCGAAGCCGAGUCGAUCAUGCAGUUUGAGAAGAACCUGGUGGAGCUGCCGUAUGGUGUCCCGACCACGUCCGCCAUCGACCAGGCGAGGAUGAAGCAGACGGACGACCGACGGCUUCAAAAGUACGAGGAGGUCAAUGAGGAGAUGCGUGUGCUCAGUGACCGGAUAUCGGAAGCGGAACUAAUGUUGAACUCGGCGACCAUGCCGGAAAUAAAGCGUGUGACCUUGGAGAAGGAAUUGAACGCCCUCAAGGAUUUGCUGGACCACCAUCGACAUCACCUGCGUGAGCUGCGGUCUGUGCGCAACUCCAUCAUCAUUCUCGGAUCAUUCCUUACCGUCGCGAUCAUCGUGGUUGUGUUUGCCUACCAAAAGUAUUAUUCAUUCCAGUGA